AUGGUCAAAGCAGUGCCCACACCUGUGGCGCUGCCGGCCACACAGGGUGGCUCGUCGUCACUUUCUUUCACGCAAGGCUUUCUACUCGGCCAGCUUUCGAUCGCGAUCUUGAUGUUUUGCUUCAUAAAAUUCUUCAUCUUUGGAGAGCCACCGUCCGCCGACGACCGCGCAUUGCACCUCAAUUCGCUCCGCCGAGCUCGAACUUUAGCACACCAACAAUCGUAUAAGCAACUAAGGACGCGCGCAAACUCGACAUCCCUCUCCUUGCGCCACAAACCGAGUAGGAGUAUAAUACGAAAAGGCGAGGAGAGCAGGGGAGGACCAAGCAUCACGACUAUCCUUGCAAAAACAUAUUACAACGUAAAGGGACACCAGCCAGAGAGCCUGGAUUGGUUCAAUGUGCUCAUUGCGCAGACAAUCGCACAGCUGAGGGCCGACGCACGACAGGACGAUGCAAUCCUCACGUCGCUUACCGAGGUCUUGAACACGGGCAGUAAGCCAGACUGGAUUGGCGAGAUCAGGGUAACGGAGAUAGCGUUGGGCGAUGAGUUCCCCAUCUUUAGCAACUGCAGAGUCAUGCCCGCUGAAGACGGCUUUUGGUAUGGACCAGGCAACACAGGAAAUGAGAAGGAGAGACUGCAGGCGCGCAUGGACGUUGAUCUGAGCGAUGUCAUUACCAUUGGCGUUGAGACGACGCUGAAUCUGAACUGGCCGAAACCCAUGUCUGCAGUCUUGCCUGUCGCACUUGCUGUGAGCAUCGUGCGUUUCUCAGGAACACUUGCUGUCUCCUUUAUACCCUCUUCAUCGCCUCCACCAACCACCGCGCCCAUGCCAUCGCCAACAUCGAAUGCCCAUCGCGGUUCUUCUCCAAGCCGCCCAGCAUCGUCAUCCGGUGCACCACCACAUCGACCAACUACGUUGGCUUUUACCUUCCUCGACGACUACCGGCUCGACCUCUCCGUACGGUCCCUAGUCGGUUCACGAUCACGAUUACAAGACGUACCCAAAAUAGCCCAGCUCAUCGAAUCCCGUGUCCACGCGUGGUUUGACGAACGGGCAGUAGAACCCCGCUUCCAACAAAUCGUGCUCCCUUCACUCUGGCCCCGAAAGCACAACACGCGAGGCGGAGGAGCCACCGAAGACGCCGACGCUGCAGCCGGAGAAAGUGAAGGUGACGAAGACGAUGAAAUCGCCGUCAUGGAAGGAAACGGCACAGCUCCAGGCUCAACGUCAUUCAUCCCUACCCCGAUAGCUGAGAAUGCUACCUUGGAAGAGCGCAUAGAAGCCGAAGGCCAGAAAAUGCGGGAAGCGGAGAUUAGAGCUGGGGUUAGGAAACCCAGUGCAUCGGAUUCUCGUAGCCGGAGUAGAAAUAAUCGCGAAGACGGCAUGCGAUGGCGGGGUGAGCAGAGAGAUCGGGAUAGGCCAAAGGGACCGCCUGGUAGACCCAAAUUACAAAGUCGGACUACGACUGGUAUUGCGGGAGCUAUACCGGGCGCUAUGCCGCGAUGA